AUGUCUAGAAGCAGUGGAAACUCAACCCAAAUGCAUGUUGAUAAUCCACAAUCCGCUGAGCUUGACUUCCAUGGAGCGAAGACGAACUAUUGUGGCGAAUCUCUCGGACUUCUGACACCCUGGGCAGAGAGCAAACCUAUUAAAUGCUUAAAUGAAGGCGUAAAACAACCUCCGUGGCGCAAAGUGGUACCUACUGUAAAGUAUCCCACUUCUGGAAAUGACACCAGCAACUUUGCGAGCUCAUCCAACAGUCCCGAGACAAGUUGCAGAGCACCGGUGUCAACACAGGGAGAGACGAGUACCAGCACCAAUCCGAGUAUCGAUACGACUUUCACCGGGUCUGUAACAACGCCAAGCACACCAUUGACUGUUUCAGACGUUGCCGACUCACAAAAGGAGAAGUCAACCGCCACCACGACAUCGCAGUCCUGUUCCGAUCCCACUUCGACUAUACUUGGAAGCCCGGAAACAGACAAAAAUCUCGUGAAUAACAGCAUUCCGCUUCCUGGCAGCCGGGACAAGAAAAUAUGGUACUUUUUGCCUGUAUGCUCUCCACACGUACCACUGGAAGACUACAACUCAAGAUUCACAUAUGUCGUCCACGAGUUAAAGAGAGCUGUUGAUGCACACAGUAUUCUAAGGGAUCGUACAAGGUUCAUCGACUAUGACCUUAGAAUGGUAGGAGAUUCACCACAGUCAGCGACACCCUCCAUUCUCGUCAAAUGCAAUACGAAAGAUGUAACUUCUCUCCGAUCUCUAUUCAAACACACCGCGUGCCUCCGACUGUGCUAUCCCGCAGAGCCAUCGAUACGGUCUAGGCUGUUUCAUGACCCUGCGCGAUCCUCAAAGCCCAUGUUCAAGCUCUAUUAUUUCCCCUCUGAUUCGAAUCCAACCGUGUACAUGGCUGGAGAAGAAGCCAAUAUUAUAAAAGUUCCUUCGACUUCAACCAUGUGUGGUGCUUUGGUUCAGCAUCAAAGUCUCUUUGCAACAAUUGGAUUGACUCUUGACAUUGAUGGGAUGGACCGGCUUCUCACUGUCAAUCAUCUUUUCCGACAUGAUAUACUCGAGGAGCAGGCCAAAUCGAAGAUAGAUGAUUUACCACUGCCGUUCCCGUCACUGGGCGGGGACGAAGACAGUACCUUAAGCGAUCAAGAUGAGGCUAACCCAUGGUUCAACGACAGUGAUGAUGACGAUGAAAAACAAACAGGCGAGGACCGUGUGGAGCUCAAGUUCCAGCAGGCUAUCCAGCAGGCUAUUGCCAAUGCAGUGUGGGAGGAUGCUAUCUGGGGACAGCAGUUCUCUUCCUCAGAACCCAAUGAGCAAGCCGCAAAGUCUGCCACAACGGAUUAUUCGAGCCCAUACUUAGAUUGGGCAUGCUUAAGAACCAAGGAUGAGGACUCGAUCGGCUCAAUGAGGUGCAACUACCUCAUCCUAGACAAAAAUUCACGCACACUUCUUCAAACAGUCUCGCGCUCCCCUCGCGUUUACGCAACGCCAGUCUACUUGAUAUCUGCAAUCAGAGGUGUGAGAUGCGGUACGUUAAUCGCGGCACGGGGCUACCUUGGAUCGUUUCCUGGACAAGCCCUUUGCCAAGUAUGGACCGUCGUCAUGGAUGGAGGCAUUGGAAUUGUACCAGGCGAGUGCGGUUCAGUCGUUGUGGAUCAAGAAACAUUUGGUGUCUACGGCCACGUCGUCGGCUCUGACUUGUUAGGGCAUGCUCGUGUUGUCCCGUUGUCAAGCGUUAUCGAUCAGAUAAAAGCUGAAUUCAACGCAAGGAGUAUUCAGCUGCCAACUACCGCGCAAUACGAAUACACAACUCACCCAUGUGAGACCCAAUGGCUGAGUCAAUAUCCCAUGUCCCAACCCGAGCAUUCUACUUACGACUCUCGUUUCUGGAUGCGCCCCUCUGAUCUUGGCUUUAUACGACCAUGGCGGGAUAAUGGCGACACUCUAGGAUUGCAGAGUGACACCAUGUGGCACAGGUUUCCGGCCAUAGUAUCUCACUCACAGUACACCCGCCUAACCAACUCUAGCUCAUCAAAUUGCGAUAGUGAAGUUUGUAUGUCAUCAGAAGACGCGGCUGGCAGACCGGAAAGCGUUUCUGAUUACAGUAUCGCCGACCAACACGUACUCUCUACAGACGUGACGAAUUGGAGUAGCAGCAGCGGCAAACCUCUUGCUGCAAGUAAAUACCGGGGGAGAUGGGCUUGCCCCUUUGCCAAGAAAUCCGGGCUAUCUUCUCACCCGUGCUACAAAAGGGCAUUCAAUGAUAUCUCAAGAGUCAAGCAACAUUUGCAGAGAGAACAUUACCACAUCGAUGGAAAUGGUAUCAGUUCAGAACAUCUGACAGCUGAGCAAUUUGAGAAAAUGCGACGCCGUAUGCCGGCUAAUGACAUACAGAGUUGGACCAAGCUAUUUCACAUACUUUUCCCUGAAGAUAAAUUACCAGAUGACCCAUUUGUUCCCUCGUGUCCCGGCACCAGUCAUGGCCAGGGACCAAACGACGCUUACAACAUCCAGUCUGAGUAUGAGCCACAGCACUGGAACAAACUCACGGGUGGGAGCAGUGUGCCCACACUCACUAAUACAUAUGCAUCUGCGGCGGAACUCGAAAAUUGCGAGUCUGAAGCUUUCAUAAGCCUUGCGGGCUCCCGCUUCAACAGAGACGAUGAGACGGGGAAGUAG